AUGAUCAACUCCACUCAGCCUUCACAUUUCACUCUGGCUGCCUACUUCGAUGCUGGAACUUUUAGGUACUUCUAUUUCAUGACCGUCAUGUGUUUGUAUAUUUUCAUUGUCAGCGUCAACCUGCUGCUCAUCGUGGUGAUCUGCAUGAACAGAAGCUUACAUGAGCCUAUGUACCUGUUCCUGUGCAGCCUGUUUGUGAAUGAACUGUAUGGUAGUACAGGCUUGUUUCCGUUCCUUCUGCUGCAGAUUCUCUCUGACGUUCACACUGUUUCUGCUUCCUGUUGCUUCCUGCAGAUCUUCUGCGUACACUCUUAUGGAGCUGUUGAAUAUCUGAACUUAGCCAUCAUGUCUUACGACAGAUAUGUUGCGAUCUGUCGUCCUCUGCAGUAUAACACACGUAUGACACGUAAUAAGAUCGCCCUGCUCAUUGCUGUCUCGUGGUUCUAUCCUUGUUGUGCGAUGGUUGUUUUGCUGUCUUUGACUUCUCCGUUGCAGCUGUGUGGAAACAUCAUUAACAAAGUUUACUGUGACAGCCACUCAGUCGUCAAGCUGCCGUGCUCCGACACCACCCUCAUUAACUUCUAUGGACUCGUUGCCACUUUUGGCACAAUCUUUGGUGCUUUGCUGUUAAUCCUCCACACGUACGCGAGGAUCCUUCAGGUGUGUUUCUCUGGCUCUAAGCAGACGAGGCAGAAAGCCGUCAGCACCUGCACGCCUCACCUGGCCUCCCUGCUCAACUUCUCUUUUGGGGCUUGCUUUGAAAUAUUACAGAGCAGGUUCAACAUGAACUUUGUGCCCAACGUGUUACGAAUUUUCUUAUCAUUGUACUUUCUGACAUGCCAGCCGCUCUUCAACCCUGUGAUGUACGGCCUCAAACUGUCUAAAAUCCGUGACACGUGUAAGAGUUUCAUAUCAAAAUCAGAUAAUUAA